CAGAAUAGCCCAGGCUGGAUUUGGGGGGGGGGGGGGUGCAGGGGGUUUCUAUAGGAUUCCGCCUGCAAAACCUUCCCAAGUUUUAAGGGAGCGUCCUAACCCCCCCGGGGGUUACUCGGAGGAAAGGACCCACGUUUUGUCAAGAAAUUAAUGGCCAUGAGCUCGUUUUUGAUCAACUCCAACUAUGUGGACCCCAAGUUCCCACCCUGUGAAGAGUAUUCCCACAGCGAUUACCUUCCCAAUCACUCGCCGGAAUAUUACAGCAGCCAGAGGCGAGAGAGCACUUUCCAACAUGAAGCGAUGUACCAGCCGCGGUCAGCCUGCAAGGAGCAGCUCUACUCGUCCUGUCCGAGCUCCGGCCACCAAGCAGCGGUGUUAUCCCCCCGGGGUCAUGUCCAUCCUCCGGCCGGACUGCAGAGCCACCUCUCUGAGCCAAACCAUCCCUGCGAGCCGGUCACCCCCAGCCCACCACCCUCCUGCAGCCAAAACUCUCUGAACCAAAGCCCUUCCAAUUCCUCUUGCAAAGAGCCGGUAGUUUACCCCUGGAUGAAAAAAGUCCAUGUAAGCACGGUAAACCCCAAUUACUCAGGAGGGGAACCGAAACGCUCCCGCACAGCCUACACCAGGCAGCAAGUCCUGGAGCUGGAGAAGGAAUUUCACUAUAACCGCUAUCUCACCCGGAGGCGCAGGGUCGAGAUCGCCCAUUCCCUCUGCCUCUCCGAGCGCCAGAUCAAAAUCUGGUUCCAGAACAGGAGGAUGAAAUGGAAAAAAGAUCACAAGUUACCAAAUACCAAGAUCAGGUCUAAUUCUUCCAGCUCCUCUGCCAGCCUGCAGAUCCCACAAGGAGGAUCUCAAAACCGAUCCCAUGGACCAACCACCAGCCUAUAACUAUUCCUUGGAUGGAUGGAGUGUGCGUGGUUGUGGGUGUGAGUUUGUGUGUGUGUAGGGAACACAUGGUAAUUCUUUUUUUUUAAAUGCUCCAAGAAGCGAGGGAAGGAGGGUACUCUUUAUUUAUAGGGGGAACAGAGGGAGACUCAGCUGCAACAAAGCAGAGCUGUGCUGUUGUGCCUCUCUUCCAUUAAAAGAAGGCUGUAGAUAGUAGUUUUCAGAUUUGGCUAAGAUGGAUCCUUGUUUCAUCUUUAAUCACGCCAAGCUCUGCCCCAUUUGUCAUGUUUACUCUCCCGUACAAAGGAUGGACCUUAUGUCUGCUAUUACCUCGACAACCAGCGCUCACUUUAAUAAAUGAGGCUCAGUUUCUUCAAGACGAACUGGAUUUUCUCCCCCCCCCUUCCCCCCCCUCCUCUUUUUCUUUUCUCGCCUACCAGCCACAAACGGAAAGUUUCUGUCCCGCCAUCCCAAAGAUGCGGCGGUUCUAGCACAGCCCUGUGAUGGAGAAAAAAAAAAACCCAACACAACCCCCCCCCCCAAACCCAACCAAAAUCUCCGCCGGGCACGGACCGUGGGGAGCAGGGGGUGU